UUGGCAAGAGAAGUCCCCCUUGGAAGUUGUUAAGGCGCAGAAAUUCCCAAUCUGGCACACAUUUUGGCUAUUCGAAGAGGAAAAGAACCUGGUGGGUCGUUAGAAAUGGUUGAUGGAAACCUCAAGCAAGAGUUUUUGCCCUACGACGUUGUAAUCAACAUUCUCAAAAGACUUCCUGUGAAAUCCCUCAUCCGAUUCAAAUGCGUCUCCAAAGAUUGGUUCAACCUCUUCCAAAACACCCCUAAUUUUUUCACCCAACAACACCUUAACCACUCCGCUCACACUAACGCCUUUCUCCUCCUCCAACGAAUCCCUCGCCAACCCCGUCCCCUCCCCUUCUCCACCUGUCUCAUCGGACCCGACAUCAACUUUGUCCAUCCCCCCCAAUUCUUCGACAUCGCAUCACCCGCCGCCAAAAUUGUCGCCUCCUGCAACGGCAUCUUGUGUCUCCGAGACAAGACCGCGCUUUCCCUCUUCAACCUCGCCUCCAGACAGAUCAAACAGGUGCCCGGCACAACCCUCUUCGGUUUAUACUACGUUGGAUUCGGUUUCAGCCCCGUCGCUAAUGAUUACAAGAUCGUUAGAAUCUCCAUGGGCGUGUUCGACGAGGAGCAUCAGGUCGUGGUUCUCGACAACGUUAGGGUUGAUCGAGCGGAAGUGUAUUCGUUGACCACCGGGUCUUGGAGGCAAAUUGAUGCCACCAAGUUGCGACCUUUGUGUCUCGUCUCUAGUUCCGUCGCUACCACUGAAACCAUAUUUUGGCUUGCAACCAUGACUUCUGACUCUGACACUGACUCUGAAAUUGUGGUUUCGUUUGACAUUGGAAGGGAAAUGUUUACGCUGUUGAAUGGCCCUCCGCUUCCACCUUCGCCCACUCGUUCCUAUGACAAUGUGCUUGCGGAGUGUAACGAUAAGCUUGCCGUGUUUCGCCACUACAUUAUUGGGGACUAUGAGUCUUGUUCUUUUGAUUUGUGGGUCUUGGAAGAUGUUCAUAAUCAUACAUCUUCUGGGGAGAGUUGGAUUAAGAUGUAUAGUGUGGGGCCAUUUUCGAGGGUUUUGUAUCCAUUAAGUAUUUGGAGAGAUCAAAUUGUGUGCAGGGAAGAGUUGUCUAGACGUGGCAACAAUUACAGAAUAGUGGAAACUGUUCUGUCGCUCUUCAAUCCUUUGAGUAAUGAAUUGAAGAAACUGCCAGCUAAUAGAGAUGAGUUUUGUUAUGUGCCCUUCACUUAUGUUGAGAGUCUUGUUCCAGUUGGCCACAUUCACCAUGAACAGUAGUAAUUUCUAUGUUUUCAUUUUCAUUUCGGUGUUGCUUAGUUAAUGCUGUUUGGGUAGAAUGUUGGCUUUCAAUGCUACAUACUAAAGAGUAUAGACACAAGUGAUGCUAUUGAAUCUAUAUAUGGUUUACGCCUUUACGGUAUUUGGCUCUAUUCAUUUAUGCAUGAUAUGUGAUUUUUAUA